UCCGCGCGCCGCGGCUAACGUCAGUACCAGGCGCAGGCUGCGGUGGGGUGGUUUGAUCGUCAAGUUCGGUUCUGGUUGGUUGUGGACCAUGGAGAGUGACUUUUAUCUUCGUUACUAUGUAGGCCACAAAGGCAAGUUCGGUCAUGAGUUCCUGGAGUUUGAGUUCCGGCCCGACGGGAAAUUAAGAUAUGCCAACAACAGCAAUUACAAAAAUGAUGUCAUGAUCAGAAAAGAGGCUUAUGUACAUAAAAGUGUGAUGGAGGAACUGAAGAGAAUAAUUGAUGACAGUGAAAUUACCAAAGAGGAUGAUGCUUUAUGGCCUCCCCCUGACCGAGUAGGCCGACAAGAGCUUGAGAUCGUCAUUGGAGAUGAGCACAUUUCUUUCACAACAUCAAAAAUUGGUUCUCUUAUUGAUGUCAAUCAAUCCAAAGAUCCAGAAGGCUUACGAGUAUUUUAUUAUCUUGUUCAGGACCUGAAGUGUUUGGUCUUCAGUCUUAUUGGGUUACACUUCAAGAUUAAACCAAUCUAGACUGAAUAUUGGUGUGGACCUGGUGGAGGGGAGUAGUUCUUUCUAAUUACCAUUAUCAGGAAAUUUUGUGUAUAUUGGGCAAAUUUUUUUAUAGACUAUAAAUGAUUGUCUUUAAUAAAUACGUGAUGAAAUUAAA